AUGCGCACUUUAACAAUUUCCUCGUGCUUUGCUUGGCAACGAGCUUAUUUAACCUUACAAUUGAAAAUAAAUCGGGAAUGGGAAUAAUAUCGUAAAACAAGCAAAAAUGCAGGUUUCCGAUCCUAAUAACGUUAAAAUUUACAAUUUAAGUGCUGGAAAAUCUUUACCAGAGUGGUUAUCUGAGAGGAAAAGAAGAGCAUUAUUAAAAAAAAAUGUUGAUAUUAGAAGACGUAUUGAACUUAUUCAAGAUUUUGAUAUGCCCGGACUUAGUUCAACAGUAAAAGUUUCAAAAGAUGGUCAAUAUAUACUUGCAACAGGUAUUUACAAACCUAGAAUAAAAUGUUUUGAUGUAAACAAUUUAUCAUUAAAAUUUGAACGGUGUUUUGAUUCGGAAGCAGUUACUUUUCAAAUACUUAGCGACGAUUAUAGCAAGCUCGUUUUUUUGCAAUGUGAUAGAUAUAUAGAAUUCCAUGCGGCUUUUGGUCGGUACUACAGACUUCGAAUACCCAAAUUCGGUAGAGAUAUGCAAUAUGAUUAUCCUAGUUGUGAUUUGUUUGUCGUUGGGGCUUCUUCUGAUAUUUAUAGGUUGAAUUUGGAAAGGGGACAGUUUAUGACACCUUAUACUAGUACAGCUUCAUCUAUAAAUAAAUGUUGUAUCAAUCCUUAUCAUCAGUUAUUAAUUUGCGGUACACAAGAGGGUAAAGUAGAAGCUUGGGAUCAAAGAAGUAAAUCUAUAGUUGGUACUUUGGAUUGCGCUUUUACGUGUUUUAACGAAAAUAAAGAUAUGGAAAGUUUUCCAUCAAUAACAGCUUUAAAAUUUAAUGGUGCUUUACAUUUAGGCGUCGGUACAGCUUCAGGACAAGUACUUUUAUACGAUUUAAGAUCAAAUAAACCUUUUUAUAUCAAGGAUCAUAUGAAUGAUUUGCCUAUAAAAGAUGUAGAGUUCCAUUAUCAGCAGGAUUUGGUGUUUUCUUUAGAUUGUUCAGUAUUAAAAAUUUGGGAAAAAAAUAAUGGACAGUUAUAUACAUCGAUAGAUGCUUCUACGGAGUUUAAUAAUCUUUGUACAGUACCUAAUACGGGAUUGUUAUUUCUUGCCAACGAAAAUCCUAAAAUACAAACUUAUUACAUCCCCAGUAUGGGACCCGCCCCUAAAUGGGCGAGUUUUCUGGAUUCCCUUACUGAAGAAUUGGAGGAAAGUAACACUGAGAAUGUUUACGACGAUUACAAAUUCGUUACUAAAGCGGAAUUGGAGAAUUUGGGACUUGAUCAUCUUGUAGGUACUAAAUUGUUAAGGGCUUACAUGCACGGUUAUUUUAUGGAUAUUCGUUUGUAUAAAAAAGCCAGAGCGGUCGCGAAUCCGUUUGAAUUCGAGGAAUACAGAAAGAAGAAGAUAAAAGAAACUAUUGAUAAAGAUAGAGAAAAUAGAGUGCAAGUUAACAAACUUCCUAAAGUUAAUAAAGAUCUGGCGCUUAAAUUGAUGAACGAAGAACAAAAUAGCAAGAAGAAUAAAGUUAAUGCUGCUAAUUUAUUGGUGGAUAACAGAUUUAAGGCGUUGUUUGAAAAUCCAGAUUUCGAAGUAGAUAAAAAUGCAGAUGAAUAUCGAUUAUUGAAUCCGGUAUUGUCUCGCUUGGAUACUGCUAAAGCUAAAAAAUUGAAGAAAUCUUUGAUAUCGGAAGAUUUCGAACCGAUCGAGGAGGAAAUGGAAGGUAAAAAUAGUUCCGAAGAAGACACAGAAGAUGAAUUUGAAGAAGAAAGUUCGGAUGAUGAACAUACAUGGUCGAAGGAACUUAAAAAACAACAUAAAAUGAUAAAUGAAGAACACAGGCAGCAAGAACUAAGGAAAGCCGAAGAAGAUUUGAGGAAUUUGGAAGAAGAGAUUAAAAAACAACCAACUUUGUACGAAUUCAAACAUGGAGAUGAGUUCAAAGGGCUUAAUAGUAUUAAAAAAAAGACUAACAGGGCUCCUCUUAGUGAACGGUUAAAAGAAGAAGAUGCCUCAGUUAAACUGUUGGGUUCCGUAGGUAAUCGAGAAAUGACUUUCUCGACUAGGAAAAAGAAGAAUUUUUCAUUGGAAGAGAAGAACCGAAGACAUCGAGAAGAAAGGAAACGUUUAGUACGACCUGGUUUCACAAUCAAAUCCAAAUACAAAACGAAAUUCUCAGGUGGAAAACGACGUUAAUAUCAUGUAAAUAAUAAGUUUUAUUUCA